CCAUAGAGACUUGGCCUCAGGCCCUUCUAGCUUGGGGAACUGGGGGAGGGGGAAAUCCAGAAAGGACCAGAGGACCGAGGCAGCCGUUCCGGGGAGCCGGCCCGAGGAGGUGCCUAUGUUGAGACAAAUGACUAGUUGAGUCAAAUAUAAAUAUGGCCUUCUACAGUUAUAAUACGGUCUUAGCUAUUGCCCGAACAAGAUUCCCUGGCCAUUUCGUCCAUCCUACUAGCUCUUCUUAUUCCCCGUUAUUUGCAUUUCUUCACUUGCCAGAUCCCCAUUUAAAUAAAAUAUAUAUGAAGAACUAUGGAAGCAAGAAGUACUCCUAUCCUAAUCAGUCAGGCAAUAAAGUACUUCACUUACGAACUAGAAUAAUACAAAAGCUACACACAUCGACUUGCUGGCUACAAGAGUUCCCUGGUAAACCUCAGCUAGAGCAAACCACAAAAAAAACGCAGGGGACAAGCCCUCAGACCACCAAAGAAACUGGCAUGAAGAUUAAGGAAGAAAAGCAAUCUUAUAGACAAAAAAUUGUGGAUGAACUUAAAUAUUAUUACAAUGGAUUCUAUUUGCUUUGGAUUGACACCAAAGUUGCUGCCAGAAUGGUUUGGAGGCUGUUGCAUGGACAGGUGCUGACCAGACGAGAGAGGCGAAGGCUAUUGAGAACUUGUGUUGAUUUCUUCCGCCUGGUUCCAUUUAUGGUGUUCAUAAUUGUGCCCUUCAUGGAAUUCUUAUUACCAGUGUUUCUGAAACUCUUCCCAGAGAUGUUGCCAUCAACUUUUGAAAGUGAAUCCAAAAAGGAAGAAAAACAGAAAAAGAAAAUGGCUGCAAAGUUGGAACUAGCAAAAUUUCUUCAAGAAACGAUUACAGAAAUGGCAAGGAGGAACAGGGCCAAGUUAGGAGAUGCCUCUACGCAGUUCGCGUCCUACGUCAAACAGGUCCAGACAGGACACAAGCCCAGCACAAAGGAGAUAGCUCGCUUUUCCAGACUAUUUGAGGAUCAGCUAACCCUGGAGCGCCUAGAUCGACCUCAGCUGAUUGCCCUUUGCAAACUGCUAGAAUUGCAGUCCUUUGGAACCAACAAUUUGCUCCGCUUUCAGCUCCUGAUGAAACUGAAGUCUAUAAAAGCAGAUGAUGAAAUAAUCGCCGAAGAAGGGGUGAGUGCUUUGAGUGUGUCAGAACUACAAGCUGCCUGUAGGGCCCGAGGGAUGAGAUCACUGGGGCUCACUGAGGAACAGCUGAGACAACAGCUCACAGAGUGGCAGGACCUCCACCUGAAGGAGAAUGUCCCUCCUUCUCUUUUGCUCCUGUCACGAACCUUCUACCUGAUAGAUGUGAAGCCAAAGCCAAUUGAGAUACCACUAAGUGGGGAGGCUCCAAAGAUGGGUAUUCCUGUGGAAUCACCUACUUCCCCUGAAUCUAAAGACAACAUGGUAGAUUUAGCAUCUCAACUGAAGGGAACUAAGGAUGAAGAAUUUAUGAAACUACCACCAGUUACAUCAUCACACAUACCACCAUCAACACCUGUUUCAUUACCUAAAGGAUCCAUCACUUCUGCUAAAGAAGCUACACUCCAGGCCAAAUCACAAAAGACGGCCCAGAACAGCAAGGCUAGUUCAAAAGGAGCGUAAGGACUACUGGAGGAUGAAGCUCACUAUCUCCAGCUUCCUGCCCCCAGCAGUGGCAUCUAUAAAGGACCUCCCAGCUAAGACUGUCUGUGGCUGGUUUGAGAAAAGAGGAUCAGCCAUUUAGUCCUUGGGGUAGUCCUUGAGGCCUUGUAACCAUUCAGAUGAUGUCAGCAGUGAGACCAAGUUCAGACCACUUAGAAAAAUAUAAUUACAAAGUCCAUUUCCUCUGUACCCUUAUGUCAUCCCACCAAACUUUGUGUAAAGCCCCCACCCC